AAUAAGUUAGUAUUGAAUUUUCAUUGUAGCUGAUCGGACGCGAUUUUAGAAAAGCUCCCCCACAUAUUUUAACCGCACACUCAUAUAUGUUAAAAAAGAUACAUCUAAUAGAUGAGAAUUCAUGUGUGCUUAUAAAGUUCAAGUUCAAUAGAAAGCGCCAUACAUAGAUUAAAAAAAAAAAAAAAUAAUAAUACAAAUUUUAUAAUAAGUUUCUAAUUAAAAUAAAAGAAUUUAGAACAUAACAAAAAAGGAGGUGAAACCAAAAAGUACAAAUAAACCAAAAUAAAAAACAGAUUAAAAUGGAUGAAGAGAGGCUAACAGAGAAAAAUAAUGUCAAAGUCUACAAUGAAACAACAAAACCAGCAAAGAAAAAACGACGCGACAAAAGUGACUUAGGUGACAAUUUUGUCGCCCCCGAUGGUGGGUGGGCCUGGGCUGUGUGUCUAGCUGCAGGCGUAUCUAAUCUAUCAAUAUUUCCCUGUUUUCAACAAUAUGGCCUCGUUUACCGAGAACGUCUCUACAGUCUUGGAUUUAAAGGAUCUCAUAUUAGUACAAUCAUUAAUGUUACCAUGGCAGUAUCAGCACUCACAGGUCUUAUAAACGGUGCAAUGUUUCGACGUUUCACAUUUCGUCAAGUUGCCAUCGCAGGCGAUUUAAUAUUAACAAUAGGCAUCUUUGCAACAGCCUUUUGUUCAACAUUAAUACAGUACAUCAUAUUUUUCUCAAUUUUUGUUGGUUUUGGACUUGGUAUCAGCAUGUCAGCAACAUCACUCGCUGUAAAUACUUACUUCCGACACAAACGUCGUCAAGCAACAGGAUUCUCCUGGACGAUAACCGGGCUGGGUCCAAUUGUAUUCCCGCACAUAGUAACUUGGACUUUGAGUCUUUAUGGCAUUCAAGGAACACUUUUUAUCUUAGCAGCAAUUGCUUUGAAUUCCGUUGCGGCGGGAUUAGUCCUACAACCUGUUCUAUGGCAUGUUAAACCCCAACAAACACCCGAGACAGAAGCACUGUCUCCUGAGCCCGAUCACGAAUGUAAAUACUGUUUGGCGAAAAAGCGUAAAAGAAGUAUGUUUUCCAGUACGCAUGCCUUCAACGAUGAUGAUGAAGACAGACCCGGUCUUGAGGUUAUCACAGAACCCUGCACUCCAAUGCUUUCCCGUGCCAACGAUGGUUACUAUGGUUCUAAACUAUCACUCACCACAGACGCAAAUCAAGCUCCAAGAAAGUUGCAAAGACAUGUUUCGAUCAAUUCUCAGCGUGAAACAAAAAUGACCCCAAACGAUAGCUUCUCAAAGCCAAAUUACUUUAACCUCGAAAAAGAGGAACAAGAUCGAUAUCUCAGCAAGACCAAUAUUUUCUCAAAGUCAGGAACCUCUGAGUUCAAGUGUACUUGCGCCGAAGAAAAAGUUUUGUUGCAAAAGCAAAUCGAGAACGAAAAAGAAUUGGAGAAGAAAGAAGCUGAUGCAGCUUUGGAAAAAAGUUUGACUUUUAAGGAAAAAUUUAUUAGAUUCUUUGACUUGGAUCUUUUAAGAGAUCCAACAUUUGUUAAUUUAGUUCUUGGCAUGGCUGUGAUAUUGUUUGGAGAGGCUAACUUUUCAGUACUAACACCUUUUAUUUUGAACGAUUUCAAAUUUACUGACUCGGAAAUUUCGACAGCGAUGUCUUUGAUUGGAGCUAUGGAUCUUGCUGUAAGGUUUUUAGCUCCAUUUGCUUUGGAGAAGAUCAAACUAGGUAAUAGAAUCCUGUUUGCCUUUGGAAUUAUUUGCAUAUGCCUGGGAAGGUUUUUCAUUACAAUUGUUAGAACGGCUCAAGGACUGAUGUUUGUGGCAGCUUUGGUUGGGUUUGGUAAAGGUUUCCGGACAAUCUUUGCUCCAUUAAUUCUGUCGAGUUAUGUGCCUUUGAAUAGGUUACCAGCAGCAUCGGGACUUCAGUUGAUCUUCAACGGACUGUUCAUUUUUGCUAUUGGGCCAGUUGUUGGUAUGAUCACCGAUGCAACAAGUUACAGUGGGUCAAUACAUUUUAUCAACUUGAUGACAACACUGGCACUCUUUUCUUGGUUAGCAGAAAAUGUUUGUCGAAAAAUUCUGCACAAAAACAAAGAACGACAAGUCGAACAAACCUAACAUCGCGAUUAAAUGUUUGAAUGAAAACAUAAAAUAUACCUAAGAUGUCAAAAUUUCGACAAAACGAAACAUCUAAUUUUGACACACAAGUAGAAAAUUUUCCGACACAAAAUGGUUAACAUCACACUUA